GACACGAGCCGCCUGGAAGAAGUCCUCAAUUCCAACAGGAACACGUCUUCUUACCGCCAAUGUGCCGGUCUCUGUCCCCGACCGUAGGUCGGGCGCGGGAGCCGCUUCUAUAAACCUAUAAGUUUUACCAAUCUUCAAACCAUCAAAACCAAUGCAAUCAGGCCGCGCGCCGCUGCGUCAUACGAACGUCUCGUCGCGCCGCGCAAUCAGCACCAUGGACGGCAUCACCGCCACGUCGUGCCGCUGCAGCAGCGUGGUGUUCGUGGGCAACAUCCCGUACAAGGCGAGCGAGAUGGAGCUCUGGGACGUGUGCGAGGAGAUCGGCCCCGUGGCGUCCCUCCGCGUGGCCGCCGACAAGGACACCGGCAGGCCCCGCGGCUUCGCCUUCUGCGAGUACUUCGACGACGAGACGGCCCGCAGCGCCUGCCGCAACCUGCACGGCCACCCCCUCCACGGCCGCGCGCUCCGCGUCGGCAUCGCCGCACCGGAGCAGCAGCAAGGGCGCCGGCGCGUCGGCGACGACGACCCGAACCUGCCCGUGGGCGUGGAGGGCGCCACGCACGCCGCAUCGCAGGUGUCCGGGACGCCCAGCGCCGCCGUGACGAGGUACCUGGCGGGGAUGAGCCGGCGCCAGCUGCGUGGGCUCCUGGACGCCGUGGCGAUGGAGCCCGCGGAGUCCGUGGAGCGGGCGAAGCGGGAGUUCCGAGGGCUCGCGACGUUAAUCGAGCAGGCGGGGAUACUGCUCGACAUGGCGACCGCCAGUGACGCUGGUGCGGCUGGUAAGCGGCCUGGCGGUGCACCGCCGAAGGUGAGAAAGUUAGACGAUGGCACGGCAGUUGGUUGGACAGUUCCACGCGUUAUCGUGUGCCGCUGAUGUUUGUUUUUAGGUAACUUUUAUUUAUUUAAUUUUUUAAGUAUACUAUAAACAAAAUUUCGAAGUCAACUAAAAGAUCAACAUAUAACUAUGAAAAGAAACAUAACCUUAGGG